UAUUACCCGUCUGGCUCGGAUAUAUCAAUUUCUUUUGGGUGAUCAAUAUCCAAUCAAAAAGGCGGACAAUAUCUGGAAGGGUAAUAAUAUAAUAUAUAGAUCGAGGUAAUAUUUUGUUUUAAACACUUAACCACCAUCAGAUUAAAUUCUGAGAGAUUGUACACGAUGAUUUUUAUAGCUGAAGGUGGAGCUCUAUAUAGAUGACGAUGAUAUGUGACCAUUAGUGCAUAAAUAUGGGGUUUUCCGUGGAUUGAGUUUCAUGAAGUUAAAAUUGCAAUGUAUUUAAAACCUUACUUGGAUAAUUCAAGCAGUAUUUACAAAGAGAGCUUUCAUGUGGUAUACACUAAGUAAAAAGAUGAUAAACAUGAUGACUAUUAAAUAUGUUUCCUACAUAUUAUUGUUAAUAGAAUUAAUGGCAUACACUAACGGAUUUUCUCAAUAUGAUUCGACGAAGACCAAAUGUGUUGAAGACAACAAUAAAACAUUCACUUGUAACUUUAUACCGAAGACUCUCCCAGUUGGAGUCACGACAGUGCAUUUGAAUUUGAGUCUGGUGGGUAACAUGUAUCUGAACAAGUCUACGUUCAUUGACCAUUCUUGGAAUAAAGUAAAACUUCUAGAGAUCAAUGUUGACUUACCAUCUAGAGCAGGUCACUUGAUUUUACAAGAUUAUUGUUUUAAUGGUUUGGAACAAUUGAAAGAAUUAAGAAUGCAUAUGGAAUGCUCAUUUUAUACGAAUCCCAAUACUUUCCUUGGCGUUAAAGACGUAGGCGUUCUAGAUUUAAGCAGGAGUGUUCAAUUAACAUUGAAGGAUUUAAUUCCUGCUCUAAAUGGAUCUGAUAAGUUGCCGGAAUUAAAUAAAUUGAUAUUAUCAAAAUGUUCUCGUGAUUCACAGCCGUUGUCUUUUGAUAACCAACUCAUAGACGUACUUCAGUCAAAGAAAAUUCAGUAUUUGGAUGUGAGUAGUACUGAUAUAAAAACAAUAAAUUUUACAGCCGUUUUUAAACGAUUAGCCUUCUUGGAGGUCUUGGAUGCAUCAUAUAGUAAUAUUGGUUUCUUCAUAUCUUCUUAUUUAGAGCAAGGCGACAUGAAACGCAUAAAAUUUGUUGAUUUGAGUUUCGUUAAUCUUCCGAAGAAGGUAUUUCAUCUUCCACCAGGCAGACUUGUGAUAGAGAAUACAAAUACUAGUUUUUCUAAACUUUCUAAUCAGGAAAAUGCCAAACUAUUUUUAACUCCUGAAAUUGUAAAUGCGAGCGGUAUUAUUCCUCACGUUUCGUCGAUUUGGAUAAAAAACGUCAAUUUUACCGUAGACGUAGAUCCUCUUACCUUCACAAAAGAAUUGAUCAUGAGGCAAAAUAAUUUAAGGUGGCUUGAUGUGAAUGUCAUUUGCGAGAAUUUUAAAUUUUCAUCAUUCAGUCGCAUGGAUUUAUCUGAAAAUGGUAUGCAGUUUUUACAUCCAAACUUAUUGUCAUGCUUUCCAAAUCUGCAAAAAUUAGACUUGUCAAGCAAUCAGUUAGUGAAAAUGUCCCGGGAGAACAUAGGGUUGUUUGAAACUUUAUUUUCUGGUCUCAGAUAUUUAAAAAAAGUUAACAUGUCAAAGAAUAGUUUAAAUACACUUCCGAAGAAAAUAUUCGAGAAUAAUAGGAAUAUCGAAAUUAUCGAUUUAUCGGGUAACUUAUUAGAUCAAGUUCACAUUACUUUGGCUAAAUUGUCGAGACUUACCAUGCUAAAUCUAUAUGGAAACAAUAUUCAUGUCUUAGACCAAAUGUCUAUUUAUAACUUGAAUAGCAUUUCAUACGGUAAUGUUUCAGACAUCAGGAAAAUCAUUGUUAUUUUAAAAGCAAAUCCCAUUUCGUGUUCAGAAUGCAAAGAACUAUCAUUUCUCGUUUGGCUGACAUCAACGAAUCUUGUUGAUCUUGAUUCACAGCAACUGAUUUGUUACAAUGAAAAGGAUGAAACAGAAAUAAUAACACAAGAGACUGUCAAGAAAGUCAAGUUGAUUUGUCGAAGGAAGGUUAUUAUUACUGCAACAAGCAUUUUGGCGGGAUGUAUUUUACUUAUUCUUAUAAUUUCACUUCUGAUAUUUUAUAUCCGAAGAAAGCAUAGGAAAAGGUUACAAAAUAGAGCAAAUGUAAUUAAUUUGUUACGUCAGGGUGAUGGUAACUAUGAAUUUGCCGUUUUUCUUGCCUUCAGCAAUGAAGAUGAGGACUUUGUCAAUACGCAUAUUCUACAUCAGCUGAAUGAAAAUCUUCAGUUGAUGACAGGAGUUGAUAGAGAAUUAGUUUGUACAGGUGACCGACAUUUUCGACCUGGUUUCUAUGUUCAAAAUGAGACGUGCAGACGCUUGGCGACAGCGUCCGUUUUAAUUGUAGUAGCUUCGGAAAACUUUUGUCAAAGUGUUUAUUGUAGAGGUGAACUUGAGCAAGCGUUCAUGGAAGGGAAACCAAUCAUUUUGAUGUUUAUUGAACAAGUGGAGCAAGAACUGAUGCCACCAACUAUGAGAGAGGUAUACCAAAGGAAUGUAAGGAUUGUGUGGACAUUUGAAAACGGUGAAUACAAAAUGAAAACAACAUGGGAAAAUGUUUGUAAAUCAGUUUUAGACCUUAUCAAAUGAGGACCAAUGUUCGCGUUAAAGUACAUGUACAUAAAAUAGUGUGUCUUCAACUUUAUAACGUAGCUACAUGUGAUGCCUCAAUAUCUCAACUUUGAGAAUAGGCUGCUAUGGUCAAGCUCACUGUUACAAAAAAUAAGAAAAUUUACAAAAGUUUUUUUUUUUGUAGACAAAUCUGAGAGAAUUAAAGACGAAUAUAUACAAAUCAGGCUUUAAUUUAAAUAAUGACACGGAUUCAUUAAUCAUUCGCAUGUGUGUUCUUCGUGAUGUAGUAGAGAUCAGAAAGUAUAUCAACGUUAUGUUUUUAAUAGUAUUAUUUUCAAAGAAAUACAUGUGCAUGUGUAUAUUUGUAAGUUUGUAAAAUUCUUUAAUGUUUGAGCAUUUUAAGGGUUGACUUUUGUAAAGAUUUUUGGUUCUAAACGUUUUGCAAAACGUUUGUUUGUUUGUUUGUUUUUUUAUGGUUUUUUUCUGGUUCAUCCAGGAUUUUUAUUAUAUUUGUUUUUAUCCAUCGUUAAAUAUAUAAGGUUCUACUGAUAACUUACAAACUUCCACAAAUUACAAACUACUUAUCCAUCAUUAUGUCUGAAUCAGUGGUGAGAGACAAAUGACUACUACACCUACUGUCUGAGGUCAAUUACCACGGAGAAAGGGGAUCAUACCAGACACCUCUGGAUAACAAAUCUGAUAAUCUGUUUAUUUAUCUAAGCAGUCAUUUCCUGUUUCAAAUUAUUGACAAUGUUAGCUUUUAAUAAAAGCUAGAAGCCA